AUGUUCCCCCUCUGCGCCGUCCUGCGACCGCCCGCCCUCCGCGCCGUGCACCACCCGUCGUCGCUCUCCCUUCUGCCCGCCGGCCUAUCUUUCCCCACACGACAGCAAACCCGAAUCCCCACGUUUUCCAUAAUACGAGGUAGCUCCCGCCCGCAACAACACCAUCCCCGACCCUUCUCCCAGACCGUCCGGCGGCCGGCCGCGGGGAGAGGGCCCGGCGGCUACGACCCCCGCAACCCCGCCCACCGCGAAGUCCUCAACGAGUACAACCUCCGCACGGCCCGGCCUCUCGUCACGAACGACGGCAUCUGGCGCCUCGCCAAAUCCCGCGGCACGCACACCGUCAUCAUCUUGGCCGUCCUCUCCGCCUGUGCCUUUUACUUCUACAACGUCCAGACCGUCCCCGUCUCGGGCCGCAAGCGCUUCAACUGCUACUCCGAGUCCAUGGUCGAGAGCGUCUCGGGCGAGCAGGUCAAGCGCGUCAUCUACGACGUCGAGUCCCAGGGCGGCCGGUUCCUCCCCUCGUGGGACCCGCGCGCGCAAAUGGUCGCGCGCGUCAUGCGCCGGCUGAUACCCGUCUCCGGGCUCGAGGGCCUAGAGUGGGAGGUCAGGGUCAUUGACGACCCGGGGACCCUCAACGCCUUUGUGCUCCCCGGCGGCAAGGUCUUUGUGCACAGCGGCAUCCUCCGCGUGACGCGCAAUGAGGACGGGCUGGCCGCGGUCCUGGGCCACGAGAUUGCGCACAACCUCGCGCAGCACGUUGGCGAGCGCAUGAGCUCGUCCAUCGGGCCUAAUAUCAUGUUGGGCAGCCUGGUGUUGCUGUCUGGCAUGUUCCCGCCGGCCAUCAUACUCGUGCAGUACCUCGGCUCCGGGCUGAUGGAUCUCUUGUUCACGCGGCCGAUGGGGAGGUUGCAGGAGAGCGAGGCGGAUUAUAUUGGGCUGAUGCUCAUGGCGGAGGCGUGUUACGACCCGCGCGAGGCCUUGGCGUUUUGGCAGCGUAUGGAUAUGGCGGCUAAGAGGGGGCAUGCAGAGGAGAUACCAGAGCUGUUGAGCACGCAUCCGUCGAACGAACAUCGAAUCGAAAAAUAUCAGGAGUGGAUGCCCAAAGCCGUUGAUAAAUUCGAGGCCAGCGAUUGCAAGGGGACCGCCAGCUUUGCCAACAUGUUUAGACGGGCACUGGAUCGGGGAAGCAUGAUUGUAGAAUUCUAG